AUGAAGACCCAUCCAGAAUCAAAAAGUUCGGACUACAUUAUCCUCAUGAACUCAAAGCCAUAUCUGUUGUACUUCGCCUCGCAACGCAACCCUUUUCAAAGUGACUGGUUCUACUGGCUGGACGCUGGCUACGGACAUGGUGUGGCCAGAUUCCCAAAUGAAAAUGAACAAUGGUCACCUUCAAAUGUCAUGGUAAAAUCGCUAACCCAAAAGAUCACCAUCAUAAAGUUGGUGCCGCACAAUCUCGCAGAUUUCCCGAUUAGCUCUAUUUAUCGGAAGAACGUCGCGUUGAUCAGCGGCGAGUUUCUUGGUGGUUCCGCUCAGAUCAUUCCUCGAUUCUAUUCCCUGUAUUCUAACGUGUUUCAAGGACUUGUUCAAGGUGGUUACGUAGAUGAUGACCAAACGACGCUAGUUAUCUGUUAUCAAAAGAACCCUACCAUGUUUAAUGUUGUAACUGGCGACUGGCAUAGUGUUUUUGAUAUGUUUCAUUGA